AUGGGGUGUGCUCAAAGUGAAAUAGCUCCUCAAAAUGAACAACCAAAAAAGGGUUGCACUGAUGUGUUAUGGCUUGUUAUUUAUGUCAUUUUUUGGAUACUAAUGAUUAUUGUUGCUGCAAUUGCCUUUGUGUAUGGAAAUCCACAACGCCUUAUAAAUGGGUAUGAUUCAUUUGGAAAUACUUGUGGAGUGGCGAAUAAUAAGAAAUUAAUAAAUUUUCCACUUGCGGGCAUAACCACUGUUGAUAAGCCUUACUUGUUUUUUAUGGAUGUUAAAGAGUUGCGUAAAUCUCUUAAGAUUUGUGUUAAGAAAUGUCCAAGCAAAAAGAUGGAAACUUUUACAGAUAUACAAACUUUUUACAAAGAAACUGGAUCAAGUUUAUGUAGAUAUGAUAUUAAUUUGAACACAACAACUAACAAUCAAGGUUUAAACAAUUACAUAGGCCCUUGCCCUGUGUUACCAGUUUAUGAAUCAUUUCCACUUCUUAACCGAUGUUUUCCAAAGACAGCUAAAGAAGUAGCUCAAAAGGUUUUUACAGAUUUUUAUGACUUACUCAAUAGUUGGGACACAAUUGAGCAAAUGCUGUCUGAUUUAUACAAUUCAUGGAAAGAAAUGAUAAUUUGUGUUAUUAUAGCUUUUAUAUUUUCCUUAAUAAUGGUCUCAAUACUGCAUUUAUUGGCGACACUGGUAUCUUGGAUAUUUAUGAUUGUUGUGUCUAUAGUAAGCGUAGCAGGAACAGUAUUAUUGUGGUACACCUAUCAUGAGCUUAGAACAAAACAGAGGGAUUUCUCUGAUAGUACUGCAUUUUUGGCGGAAUCUUUCAAGAAUGAAAAGGCAUUUCUAUGGUAUUCAAUUAUUGCAACAAUUAUAACAGUUAUCCUGUUGCUUCUUGUUUGGGUGAUGCGGUCUAGAGUAUCAUUCCUGGCAGCCCUGUUUAAGGAGACUGCUCACUGUCUUGGGUCCAUACCAGCGCUCUUCCUUCAACCAAUUAUUACAUUUUUCUUCCUUGUGCUGUUUUUUACAUUUUGGUCAUUUGUUGUUGUUUGUCUUGCUACUGCAAAUUAUCCAGGGAUUCCAUACAAAACGAACUUCUUUAUCAAUGGCUCAAUAUUGCCAGAUCAAAUUGACAAUGCAGCUGUGCAGGCGCAAACUUAUAAUGAAAGUGCUAAAUUGAAAAGCUAUAUUCUAGAUCCAAUAGAGUUCAAUCCAAUGUGGGUGAAGAGUAUGUGGUGGAUGUGCCUUAUUUGCCUUGUAUGGGGGAGCGAGUUCAUCCUCGGCUGUCAACAGAUGACCAUCGCUGGUGCUGUCUCGCAUUGGUAUUUUAGAGGCACGAACACGCACCCCUCACCAGUGAUGUAUUCGAUUGGGAAGCUUUUGAAAUAUCACUUGGGUUCUGUGGCAAAGGGGUCCUUUCUGAUUACAUUGUUCAAGAUACCGCGUUUGAUUCUCACCUAUUUACACGCUAAGUUAUCUUCGAGAGCGGAAAAGGGUUCGGAUUGUGCGAAAUGUGGACUUAAAUGCGGUAUUUGUUGCUUCUAUUGCUUGGAAAAAUUUAUACGCUAUUUGAACCACAAUGCCUAUACAAUUAUUAGUAUUGAGAGAUGUCAUUUCUGUAAAGCGGCUGCGAAGGCUUUCAGUACAAUAGUAAACAAUGCGCUACAAGUAGCGACAAUAAACAGUGUGGGUGAUUUCAUAUUAUUCCUUGGAAAGUGCAUCGUGACCGCAUUGACUGGAAUCAUUGGGCUGUUGCUGCUCAAAAGGAAUUCGGAUUUGCAUUUCUUCGCUGUUCCCACUUUGGUUAUUUGCAUUUUUUCUUUCUUCAUCGCACACUGCAUUUUGUCGCUUUACGAGAUGGUAGUGGAUUCUCUAUUCCUCUGCGUGUGCGAGGACCGAAAUAUGAACGGCGAUGACGGGAGAUGGAAGAAUUCUAGACUGGCAGAGUUGGGGGGACACAAGGCUGAUACUGCCGAAAUGGAGGAUUUACAAAAGUACUGA